AUGGCCGCGCACCCUUGGAAACUGACACUGUACCAGGUGCACAAGCUGUGCCGACAUUACGGUCCCUUUAUUGCCCAUGUUGGAGACGAAGCCUUUCAUGACUUUCCAAGCCCCCAAGCUUUGACUGGCGAUAGCGUGGAAGCUCAUCUCAGAACUUUAGGAUUUGGCUAUCGGGCCAAGUACAUCGCCGAAACAGCAAGGAUCGUUGCCAAUGAGAAGCCCGAAACCUGGUUGGAAAGCCUUCGAAAUCCUGAACACCCAGGCUUCAAUACAACGCCGGUACCUAGAGAGCAGCAUGCAACUUACAAAGAAGCACACCAGCAGCUUUUGACACUAAAAGGUGUUGGACCAAAGGUUGCCGACUGCGUAUGUCUUAUGGGCCUUGGAUGGGGAGAAGCAGUCCCGGUUGAUACGCACGUUUGGCAAAUUGCUCAAAGGGACUACAAGUUCGGCAAGUCAAAAGUAAAGACACUCAACAAGGCUACAUACGAUGCUGUUGGAGAUCACUUCCGAAACCUGUGGGGAUCUUACGCCGGUUGGGCCCAUUCAGUCCUCUUUACUGCUGACUUGAGAGAGUUUGCGGCUCAAGCUGCGAAGGAGGAGGGUGAGCCCACCGUGAUCAAAAUAGAGGUGGCAUCUUCUCAAGAACACACCCUCAAGAGGACCAAGAAGACGAUUACUAUAACCGACAGCAACACUGAGGUCAAAGAAGAAAGCCCGAUUGUCAUUCCCAAGGAUGAGCAAGGAGUUGAAGAGGUGAAGCAAAUGAGGAGAUCAAAGAGGCUGCGUACUUCGUGA